GAAUGCCUGGACAGCCGAAGGCUGUCCAGGCAUGCUGGGAGUUGUAGUUUUGCACCAGCUGGAGGCACCCUGGUUGGUAAGCACUGCCGUAGAUGUUGGCCAUAAAUUGUGCUAUUCUAACCAGUCCACAUGGGCAUAAAAACCUUAAAAAUACUAAUUUAGUAACAGUCAUGUGAUAGUGGAUAUUCCCACGAUAUAAAAAUUUAGAAAAAUGUUUAAUCUAAAGGUUGCAAACCUGUGAUAAUAUGGCCGCCAAGCUGUUUAGAGAAGAUUUUUUGUUUAUUGUAGCCCAAGGCCGCAACAUAAUAAAAUGUAAAAAAUGUGAAAGGGUCCGAGAGCUUUCUGAAUGCCUGUAUAAUGGAUAUUAUUCAGCAAGCUUUAGUUAAGAAUUCAGGUGUAGCAUGGAUUCAGAAUUCCAUGUUCCAUCACGUUUGCAUGGUGCUACGAAGUGUUAAAGGGGUAUUCCAGGAAUUUUUUUUAUUUGACUAUGCUACAGGGGCUGUAAAGUUAGUGUAGUUCAUAAUAUAGUGUCUGUACCUGUGUGUGACGGUUUUCUCACAAUUCUUCUGUGAUUUUCACUCCAAUAUUUAUUUUUAACAGCAUACAAAAUGACUGUUGUCUCAGAUUUUUUCCCAGCUUGCAAUGCGGCCGAGAGCUAACUCACUAGUCAGCUGAUGACAGGGAGCCUGUCUGCUUCAAUGGGUGGAGCGAUCGCUUGGUGGGAGAGAGAUAAUGCAACAGCUGUAGGCACCCUGAUUGAAAACCAUAGGUCUUUUGAAUGGAUGCAGCUCAUUUAUGUUUCAAUGGGUGGGGUGGCUGAUGUGUGGGAGGGAGGAAGAUGGAAUUGUGGGAUUUGUAGUCAAAAAAAGAAAAGUCAAACAGGAAAUACCAGUUCACAAACAGCUAGCCACAGUGUUAUGGUAAUCUCAUAACAUAGCCAUUUAGCCCCAAGACAAGCGCAGAUCCUUCCUAAGCAUGUCCAUUACUGUCUGCCAGGUACAUACUAAAAUCACCUUAUGGUGGAGAACCCCUUUAAUGUUUUUAAUAGGAUUUUUGACACCAACUUCUCUAUAUUAGGUAAAGCUGACUUGAAGGUACCACAGGAAAACCAGCAGGAACCUUCUUAUAAAGAUCGGUGAGCUUGGAUUUUAGAGCAGAUGACUGGUGACAUGGUUGAGUGGGCACUACCUUGUGUUGAGAUGAAGACCAGGAAAUGCAAUGAAUCAGGACUGGGCACCAUCAGGGCACCAUCACCAGGAGAGUCAUCGGAAAGCCGCCAUAAGGGGAAAGACAAGAACUAAAAGGGAAUAAUUGUCCUGUUCCUCCUGCGACAUGGCCAAACUCAAAAGGGACACCUGCCAAGGUUUUAGUAGGAGAGUCAUCGGAAAGCCGCCAUAAGUGGAAAGGCAAGAACUGAAAGGGAAUAAUUGUCCCGUUCCUCCUGCGAUAUGGCCAAACUCAAAAGGGACACCUGCCAAGGUUUACUGGACUUAAGAUACUAUUCUUUACCAUCCAAAAAGAUGAAGAUUCCGAUCAUCAUUGACUCUACAGUAGAUGACAGUGACGAGGAGGAAAAGGUUUUCCCUAAUCCCGUGCUGGAAAACAGAGACGUUGAAUUUGCCAAAAAAUGCACCGAAUUUAUCAGUGAUAUCACCUAUAAAGAGGGGUACAAAAAAUCCAAGGGCAAAACUGAGUUUGUUCCCGACACUGCUCAAGUGAAAGCUGUCACAGAUUCCAUAUCCGAGACAAAGUACAAGGAAGCCGGCAAGAAAGAAUUAUCCAACUCCCUGUACAAGAUGAUGCCAGCGACAUUAGACACAGUGUUUGCUAAACAAGUGACGCAGCUUCAGAGUGAGGUUUUUUACAAGCAAAAACAUGACGCCGAAAAGGGAAAAUCUACUUAUGCUCAAAUGCUGGAGCCUCCCGACAUCAAACAUGCGAUGGAAGUCAACAAACACCAGAGCAAUGUGAGUUAUAAGAAAGAUGUACAGGACAUCCACAAAUACACGGAGGUGGUGGACAGGCUGGACAUACAGAAGGCUACCGAGAUUUCAAAGAUCAUAAGCAAUGUGGAUUAUAGGAAAGCCAUAGGUGAACUCAGUAAAGAACCCAUGGUCUUGGGCAGACCAGAUUUCGAACAUGCAAAAGAAAUGUCAAAGGUCACCAGUCAGGUGAAAUACAAGGAACAGUUUGAUAAAGAAAUGAAGGGUAAGAGGCCUUGUUACAACCCACUGGAUAGUGCUGCCUUUAGACAGGCCCAAGCUGCGACUGCCCUGGCGAGUGAUGUACAAUAUAAGAAAGACAAGAAUAUCACACAUGAGACAUCUGCAGACAUUCCCAACAUGCUCCACCUGGAACAUGCUCUGAUGGCCACCAAACUACAAAGUGAUAAAGUGUAUAAGAAACAAUUUGAGGAAAAUAAGGGGAUUUACCAUUUUGCCCUGGAUACAGCCGAGCAGAUUCAUCAUAAAGAGAACGCCGUACUGCAAAGUCAGGUCAAAUACAAAGAAGAUUAUGAAAAAUCAAAGGGAAGGUCCAUGCUCGAAUUUGUGGAUACUCCGUCAUAUAACAUCUCAAAGGAGGCUCAAAAAUAUCAGAGUGAGAAAGUCUAUAAGAAACAAUUUGAGGAAAAUAAGGGGAGUUACCAUUUUACCUUGGAUACAGCCGAGCAGAUUCAACAUAAGGAAAACGCUGUAGUGCAAAGUCAGUUCAAAUACAAAGAGGAGUAUGAAAAAUCAAAGGGGAAGUCCAUGCUCGAAUUUAUGGAUACUCCGUCAUACAACAUUUCAAAGGAGGCUCAAAAAUAUCAGAGUGAGAAAUUAUAUCGGAAAGACUUUUACGAAGACAUCAAGGGAAAAGCACCAGGGGACCUAGAGCUCACUCCAUCAUUGUUGCAUGCAAAACAUGUUAUGAACCUGGCCAGUGAGGUUAAAUACAAAGAGGAUUUUGAAAAAUCAAAGGGAAGGUCUAUGCUCGAUUUUGUGGAUACUCCGUCAUACAACGUUUCAAAGGAGGCUCAAAAAUAUCAGAGUGAGAAAGCCUAUAAAAAACAAUUUGAAGAAAAUAAGGGGAUUUACAAUUUUGCCUUGGAUACAGCCGAGCAGAUUCAUCAUAAAGAGAACGCCGUACUGCAAAGUCAGGUCAAAUACAAAGAGGAGUAUGAAAAAUCAAAGGGAAGGUCCAUGCUCCAAUUUAUGGAUACUCCGUCAUACAACGUUUCAAAGGAGGCUCAAAAAUAUCAGAGUGAGAAAUUAUAUCGGAAAGACUUUAACGAAGACAUCAAGGGAAAGGCAUCAGUGGACCUAGAGCUCACGCCAACGUUCUUGAACGCAAAACAUGCAAUGGACCUGGUCAGCGAGAGGGAGUACAGAAAAGACUUCGAAGAAGGAAUCAAAGGAAAAAGCUUGACUGUUCUGGAAGAUACACCUGAAUUAAUCAGGGUAAAAAACGCUUCCCAAAUAUUAAAUGAGAAAGAGUAUCGAAAGGACCUGGAAAAUGAUAUUAAAGGAAAAGGCAUGGAGUGCAGCGCAGACCUCCCUGAUAUGAUCCGAGCCAAGCGGGCAAUGGAAAUAGUCAGUGAGAAAGAAUACAAGAAAGAUUUGGAAACGGAAAUCAGGGGAAAAGGAAUGCAAGUGGGUAUUGAUAUACCAGAAUUACAGCAUUUUAAGAGGGUCUCUGAAUUGGUGAGCCAGAAAGGAUAUAAGAAAGAUCUAGAAACUGAGAUUAUAGGGAAGGGAAUGCGGGUCGGCCCGGACAUACCAGAGCUGCAGAGGGCUAAAAGAGCUUCGGAGAUUGUGAGCCAGAAAAAAUACAAAGAUGAAGCUGAAAAAAUGCGCUCUACAUAUUCUUCUGUGGCAGAUACACCUGAAAUGGAGAGGGUCAAAAACGUGCAGAAAUCAAUAAGUUCUGUUUUUUACAAAAAAGGACCAGGCGCUGGCACGUCGAUCAGCGAGACCCCAGAGAUGGAAAGAGUCAAGAUGACCCAGCAAAAUAUUAGCACAGUAAAGUAUAAAGAAGAAAUUGGACCUGCCACAGCCAUCCCUGACCUGCCAGAAAUAAAGAGGGUUAAGGAGAACCAGAAAAACAUCAGCAAUGUUCAUUAUAAGGAGCCACUGAGCAAAGCGACCUCUGUCAGCAUUACUCCAGAAAUGGAACUAGCGAAGAAGAACCAAGAGCAUUUCAGCAGGGUUCAUUACAAAGACAAGGUUGGCAAAGUCACCUCUGUUGGCCUUACCCCAGAGAUGGAGAGAGUUAAAAAGAACCAAGAAAACAUUAGUUCGGUGAAAUACAGCAAUGACUUACAGCAGAUGAAAGGUAGACCUAGUGUAAUUCUAGACACACCAGAGCUGAGGCAUGUCAAAGAAACACAAAAUAAUAUAUCAAUGGUAGGACACUUCCAGGUAUACGGAACACAACUGCACUUUGCUUUGCUGUGCGACCACCACCACCACCAGUGUUUCUUGAUGCUGUAGUCCUAUAUUUCCCAUACAUAAUGAAGACCUUAUGUAUAAUAUCACAAUAUAAUAAAAUAAUUCUAUUAACUUGUUUUUGUGGCUAUUUUUAUUAACCUGCAUGGGACUGAACCUGACACAAUGUGAAUGUGAUGUACCAUGAGUGGUCGUGUGCAUGUCUGAGCAGAGGAAUGGUUUGGACAUAUUGUGAUAUUUGCUAUUGACAUGAGAUUGUUUCAUUCACACUGCAUGCUAUGUAUGAUAGUCCACUGUAUAUUGCUAAUAUGUUGUUAUAGUUCUCACGAUAAAUAAAAUCUUGAACUUAAACUAUAGAGUGUCGCCACCUAAAAGCCUCCUAGAUCGUCAUCCAAUAUUAAAGGGGCUAUCCAGAUUAUUUUAUUUUUUUUUUUAAAGAAAAGGGCCCCAAAAUAAGAAACCAGCAGUUACUAAUUUCUCCAGUCCCUUGCUAAUCCCCUGUUCAGUGUCCCAUUGGCACCCCAGUCUUCCUUUUAAACUGAUUAUCAUGUGACUACCACAGCCAAUCACUGUCUUCAUUGGUCAUAUGACGUAUUACUGUACAGGCAUCGCUGCUCAGUUAUGGGAGCCAUAAUGCUCAGUGAGAGGAACAAUGAUGCUCUGUGAUGGAAGCCAUCUUUAGUUUCCCAUACCCACCUAUACUAAUCUGAAGAAGACAAGGAGCUUAAUAUUUUUUUCCAUUCUGCUCUAAGAGCCCCAACCCAGUCCUAAAGGCCCAACCACAGUCCAGGAUUAACAUUUUUCCCUGUUUUAUUUCUAUGGAUUAACUGAAAACUCCCAGAAUGUUGGUGGUGCUUGAGAACUGGGUUAGGAACAAAAGCUCUAGAGAAUGCAGCCCUAGAAAAUUGCACAGUUUGCCUCCCCCUAAAAUCCACCCUAAGAAGUUGUCAACCAGUUUUCCCGGCCUUAGAUGUAUCAUUUUAGAUUGGUUUGCCUCCCAGGAGACUGUUAUAGCUGGAUGCCAACAUCCGAGGCAGCCUUUAAAGGGUUAUCUGUUAAAUAGUGUUUAUUUAAAUAUGCCCAGGCUACCAGCAUAAGCAGAAUAUAUAUAUAUAUAUAUAUAUAUAUAUAUUUAAUUACCUACCUCCCUUGCUCCUUUGCAGCCUCUGUUAUCACUGUACCUGGUCUCUGCCACACUCUACUUCCUAGUGUUCUGGUCAAUAUGUCACAUUCAGUAACAGAAGCUGUGGGGGAGUGCGGGAGGUAAGUACAUAUUUUUUGUUUACCGUAAGCACGCAGCCUGGGCAUAAUUUUAAAAAAAAAAAAAACUUUUUUGCCCGACAGCCCCCUAGGUUGGACUGUAUUGAACUAAGAAAUAGAAUAAGAGAAUUUACAACAAGUUGUCACAACAGGGAAAAAUUAUGGAAUAAGUAGAAAAAAAUCUUAGUCCAAAAAUAAUAAUUUAGCUAUUACAUCUGCAUCACACGUCAUAUGAGGAUUUCAACAUAAUUUAUGCCAAUGACUUAUCAUUUUCC